CCGUGCCCUCCCUCUAUGCCUCAGCUCCCAGCCUCCAGACGCUCCGCCCAUCUGAGCGCGCGUCCUGCGGGAGGGAGCUCCGCGGCCCCGUGCGCGCGCUGCCGAGCCGGUGUCCCCCGGGCUCCGACUGCCCGCGCCCAGUAAGCGGCUGUGCAGUGAAUUCGUACAGAGGACCAAACGAGACAGUCCAGAAACCUGGCCCUUAGCCGCUCAGAAACGGUAGUGAAAGAGGCUGGUGGGAUUUCACCUCAGGUCAGGAGGCUGCCCCCUCUCUCGGACACCCAAGGGGGUUGUUCGCCCACCCACUCCCCAAAUUUAUUUAUUCAUUCAGUUAUUGAUUGGACAUAUGCUUAGGUGCCAAAACGCUGUUUCUGGACGCCUUCACACGGAUGUUAACUGUAGGGGCUUGUGCUAGCUUCCACAUCUCAGGUACUGGCAAACCCACUUCUCUGUCUAUCCUACCUUCUUUCCCUCAGCCUUCACAGGUAAAUCCUCCCAAACUCCUGUGUCGUGAGCCUUCAGGCUCCGCCCCUCAUCUCACACGGCGAGGCUGGGCUCAUCACAUACUGCCUGGAUGCUUCAGAGAAGCUCAAAGGCCCCCCUGCUUCCACCUACGGUUACCUUCUCCGCCGCAACCAAGGCAAACCUUGAAAACUCAGCCCCGUGGGCUGGCAAGAUAGCUCAGUGGUCAGGCGUUCCGUUUCCAGACUCACAUGGUGGCUCACAGCCACCCCUACUCCAGUUCCAGGGGGGCUGAUAGCCUCGUCUAAACUCUUCGGCCACGAGGCGUGAACACACGCGGUGCGCUUGCAUGCAUGCAGUCAUAACGCUCGUUCCGAAUAAAAUAACCUAAAACGAACCCAACCCAGCCCCGGCUACUCCUCCAUGUGAUGGCUAUUCUCUUCACGUGGAGAAAUGGCGUUUCUAAGCCCCACCCUCUACCUUUUGACCCCAUUGCCUGCUGUCCCCUUCCUCACUGCCCCUCCUUGUGGGCCCUCAAACACAGCAAGCCCCAGGGCCUCUGGAUUAGCUGUUCCUCCUGCCUAGAACGCAGUUCUAGAUGCGGGCAUAGCGGACACCCUCUUUUCCCUUAUUUGUCCAAGUGAAGUCUACUGUAUCGGUUCUCUUUAAGCCACCAAGCCCCCCACCCUCAGGAGACCCAUGCUCUAUUUCCGCAAGCGAACCUUGGCGCUGUAACGCCUUUUGUCUAGCUGAUUAACUGAAGAAAAGUUAGUAAACAAUAACAAUAACAAACACCCACCUCGCCUCCCCACCCCCCCCCCAAAAAAAAACCACCCAGCAAAACUCAGAAUGUAGAGAGUGCUUCUCUGCAUUGUGAGGUCAGGGAGGAGACCUCAGAGCUGACGGCUGAGACUUAAAUGUCAGGGAGUGGGGGUAGGGUGAGAAGGGCCAGCUGGGCUUCAGGAACUGCAAAGCAAAGGUGGCAACCCACAAGGCCCUCGGGCAGCCAUUUGAACACCCUUGCCUCCAGGGCUCCUGGGAAUUCCUGCCUCCUGCCUUCAGUGCUUUCCUGCAGUCUUCCCUGCAAGCCUAAGGAUGGACAGACUUCAGGCUCCCUGGGAACCAAGUAGCUGAGCUGUGUGGUCAGAUAAGAGACCAUCCUGUCCCCACCUCUGUGGGCUUUGCUGAUAAGUGUGUUACCAACCGGGCCCCACCUAGGAAGUGUGAGACCAAGUGCUGACUUGGUCAUCAUAUGACCCUUGCCAGUUCAGCUGCCCCGUGGGAGCCUUGAAACACCGGCAUUUGGCAGUUUUUCCAUGUCCAAGUUAUAUUUUGGGGGGGGUGACCCUUAAUGACCUUGGAGAUGAAAGGCAAGGAAGACUCUGAAGUCUGAGAGCUGCAGAGAACAUGGUCAGUAGGAGCCACAGGACUGGGCUACAGGUCUGAGCUGGGGCCUCUCCUGGGGGUGCUACCAGCUCUCUAACCCACUGUUCUUGUGGACGCCAUGAAGCUGAACAAGAGGAGUGUGGCCCACUAUGCGACGAAUGAUUCUCCAGCGGACCACACUGGCUUCCUUCGUACUUGGGGAGGACCAGGGACUCCACCCACUCCCAGUGGCGCCGGCCGGAGAUGCUGGUUUGUUCUCAAGGGCAAUCUACUCUUCUCUUUUGAGAGUAGAGAAAGCCGGACCCCGAUGAGCCUGGUGGUGUUAGAGGGCUGCACGGUGGAGCUGGCCGAGGCUCCUGUGCCUGAGGAGUUUGCCUUCGCCAUUCGCUUUGACGCCCCUGGAGUGCGCCCACACCUGCUGGCAGCGGAUGGGCAAGUUGCCCAGGAGGCCUGGGUGAAGGCGCUGUCUCGAGCCAGCUUUGGCUACAUGCGACUUGUGGUAAGAGAACUGGAGAGCCAGUUGCAGGAUGCCCGGAGGAGCCUGGCCUUGCAUCACUGUGCAUCCCAGAAGGCUGUUGCCGGCUGCAGUAAGUCACAGGCUCCUGAUCGCUGGACUCCAGGCCCUGAGAAUGGCCACUUUCUCCUCAGGGAGCGCAACUCCGUUGGUACUGUGGAAGAAAGGGGGAGCAGGCCAGUAGGUCGGGAUGUGACUGAGUGGGAGUUACAGGGCCCUGCCAGCCUCCUCCUAAGCAGGGGACAGAGCCCCGUGUCCCCUGAGACCUCCUGUUUCUCUACUCUACAUGACUGGUAUGGGAAGGAAAUCAUGGAGCUGAGGCGAGGGUGGCAGCAAAGGGCCAAGGGGAGCCAGCCAGAGAGCAAGUAACAGAAUAGGCCCUGAGCCAGGGCCUUUUUAAACGGUGGCCCUGUCCUGCUGGCCGGGAUCCCAGGGUCAGAACUUCAGGAGUUAAAUGUUUACUCAUUUACCAGGUUGUUUUUGUUGUGUGUGUCUCCCUCCUGCUCUGUAGACUUUCUCUAACCUCCACAUCCUCCCCAGGUGGCUGAUGGGAACGUAAUGUAGGAAGGGACUGUGCUCCCUGCCCCUGCAGGACACUCUAGCCGUUAUUUCUAACACAAGAAGUCUUGGGCAUCUCUAAAGGCCACAGGUGACAGGAGUGGCCUUAAGACUGACAUUAAAAUGGUUUUUGGGCAGGGAUCCCUGUAGGAGAGGGUCUUCAGGUGCCAAAGAGGGAUCUUGUCUCUCCCCCGCCACCGCCACCCUGUCAAUGUACAGCGCUGGACAUUGCCCCCAGAGAGGCAGGCAGCCUUUUACAGGAGAAUCUCUGCCUGAGCAGUUGUCAUGGCCAUUCCUAGGGACCCUGUCAUCUAUUCGGCUUGUUUCCCAAGGCUUGUCUACCAAGAACACUCACGGCUACUCUCUCCUGAAUCACCUCAAGUAUCUUUUUCUUUUGUUCUAAGAGGCCAGAUGGCUGGGUCUAGAGCCAGAAGCGGGGGUGAUCUGUCCCCUUUGUAUAGGUGUAGUGAGAGUGACUGUGGGAAGAUGUAAAGAGAUACACCCUCUUUCCAAACAAAAUCUGCCUCUCCCGACCUCCCUUCCUUCCCUAUCUGAGGCCUUGGGGCAGCCUCACCAAAACCCAUCUAGGCCUAAAGGUUGAACUUUGCCUCCAGGAGACUGAGUUUCAUGGUCUCCUUGGCCAGGGCCAAUUCCUGUGGGGCUAGCCAUGUUUCUCGGAGCCUGCUUGUAACAUCAUGGCCAACUGCCCUUCAUUGUACACACAGGUACUACAGGUCUUUGUUAACUUUCUUGUUACAGUAGUCAGUGUUGGCUCCUUAAGUAGUUUUGGGGUUUGGACACCAGGUCUCACUUUGUAGCCCACACAAGACCUGGAAAUCAUUCUUAGCUUUGCAAGGGCUGGGAUUAUAGAUGCGAGCCGUCUAACUUGUUUUUGUUAUUGUUUUGUAGGAGGACGUGGUGGGAAAGCCUGCUUUCCCUUUAUAAUCAGAACAGCAAAGUUUGCAGGGUUGGUAGCAAGAAGGUAGAGGAAGAGCAAAGAGUUCAAGGGCACCCUUGACUACCCAGUGAGCUUUUGGCUAGACUGGACUGGGCCCCUCUCAGGAAAGUAUUCAUUUUGGUUCUUAUAAUCAGUGUGUUUACAAAUGAAGAAUCAGGACUCAGAGCUGCAAAGCCGGUGUCCGAGGCUAGCAGCCAAGGGAGUCCGGGAACCUGUCUUGCUGGUACAACUUGCAUCUAUUUGCGUAUUCCCUAGCCCUGUAUGGGAAGCCCACUGCCCACCGCACCCGUGUGGGAGUGCUCACAGACACACAGGCUCUUGUUAACUCGUUUUUGUAUUUUGUAGACAGGGUCUCACUGGGUAGUCUGGCUGUCCUGGAACUCACUCUGUAGACCAGGCUGGAGAACUCACAGAGAUCCUCCUGCGUGCCGGGAUUAAAGGCGUGCGCCACUCCCCCUGGCUUUUAUUAACCUUUUAUUGUUACAGUUUUCUUUUAUCAAUUCAAAUACCAAGUAAAGUUUUUCA